CUUUUCCCCGCCACCUUAUCGUUCUCUUCACCGGGUGCUGUUCGCUGUCUGAGGGCGUCUUUCGCCAGCGUAGUGUCGCGCUGAUCCUACUUCUCACAGAACAGACUGUAUAGGAACCAUUUGGCUCGGGCUGCGCGGAAACCACCCAAGAUGUCCAACCUACCUACACGAAAUUCCAGUCCUCAUUCCCGACCCACAAGCCGCAGGGGACGGCCGAACUGGUUUGAUAAAAUCAACAUCGUGAAGAAGUUCUCCCCCUCACGAUCGUCGAGAACCAAGAUACGUCCAAAGUCUACGCCACUAGAACCAUGGCAAGAAUGGCAGAGCCGGGCGCGUUCGGCUUUUCAGCGAAGUGCUGAUACACGCCAGUCGGAGUCAAUGGCGACCUCUCGCCUGGAGGACACUGGUGACGGUCGGCAUAAGAAAAUCGCUGCCCGCCCACGAAGGCCCAUAGUAGUAGGAAGUGGUGUGAACUUAAUCAACUUGAAUAGAGCUGCUACAUCUGGCAGCCACAACUCUUCUCGUGAGAGUCGCAAGUCUCAUGAGGAAAAGGAGGAUGAAUAUGCGCGAGCUCUCGCCAGGCUUCAUACAGCCAACGACUCUCUCUAUAAAGACGAAGACAAAAACAGAACAACCAAGCGAAUAAGUCCCUUCGAAGCGCUGCGUCGCAUCGAGAUAAAGCAGCAAUUCUCGCGGUUUCCCACAUCACCUUCAGCUUUGCGCUUCUCUAGGGUGACGUCUCCUUCAUCUCCUACCCGCAGUGACAAACUCAGGCUCCACGACGCAUUCGAAACUAAAUAUGUCCGGAAGAGUGAAGUCUCGACACACCUGGAGGCACUUGCAUCUGGCACCCCACAUCCAUAUUCAGGCACACCUCUCGCAGAAGGGCCUUCUAGAUCCAAUCUGAAAGCCCCCCGUCAUGGCGGCCCAGAUACUUUCGACACGGUAUUCUACUCCCACAGGACGCGUUCCAGGUCUCGAGAUCCUCGAUCACGGACAGCUCCUCCCGCUCCGAGACGACGAAGUAGCACACCCAGGGUUUUGAACAUCGUCUUGCCAAGUCAACCAGAUAGAGACUUCGGCUCAGGAAGUAUCAGCACGCUCGCCAGCUCUGUGGCCGACUUCUUCAUACCAGGCGCAAGCCAUCGUGUAGGCAGACUGAGCCCAAUCUCCCCCAACAUACCGGUUGCAGACUCCAUGCAUGCACAUGGCAAUGUGAUGGUUGAUAGCGAGGGACGACCCAUCAACGUGCUGCUCAGAUUAAAAGAUCCCUCCGCCGACCAACACCACAAUAUCUCUAGCGACAUUGAGUGCACAACGGGCAGAGCCGUAACCUUCGAUCUCGAAGACUUCGAACCCGUAUCUCCACCACCACCACCACCACCACCUGGAAGCCGCAGCACGAGGCACACCAUCCCAGAAGAGCGCGAGUCCCUCGAAAUCCCCAGACUACGAGGCGGUGCAGCGAUUCAGGGGAGAUCCAUCCACAUAUUGACAACUGCGGAAGUUGACCCAAGCCGAGCUCCCCGCUUGCGAGGCGGUGGAAAUAUAAUCACUCGGCCCUCGAGACCGCAGCCUGCGAACCCGGAACCCCCGCUAAUCCCGGACAGAAGGCGCUUGGGGAAUGAGGAUACACUUCCACCAGGUAUCUUUUGGCUUGCGGGAGGUGUGGGUGAGCCUAUGACUGUUGCGCAGUGGAAUAGACAGAAGCCUAGUCACAGGAUGGGCGGGCUUGUGGGGACCGCGAUACAUGGGAGAAGGGCUGGGAUGCCGUAUGAAAGAGGGAGGACUGAAUUUAGAGAUGGCGUCCGGGCCGAUCAACGGCAUAGGAAUGGUGGUGAUCAUGUUGGUGAGGGACAGGAGGGACGAGGAUAUGGUGCUGCAGCUUCUGGCCCUGCCUUAGGAGCAAUGCCUCAAAUACAACAUCCCAAUGCUGCCGCGGGUAACGAGGGACCGGGCCCGCAUGGCCAACAUGCUGAUAGAGGAGUCGAUGGAGGUUCUGGGUAGGACGAUUCACGAUUGAGAUAUAUGUAAGCAUGAUGAACUUGAGAUAUAUAUGUAGGAAUCACACAAAGAUCAUAUUCAGAAUCAAUGUAAAUUUCAAUUGCGUGCAUACUUUGAUAGUUCAUCGUCAC